CGCCGGGUGCCCCCGCCCCCGUACCUGGAGCCCGAGGCGGCGCUGGAACUGCGCGGGGCGCUGGAUUGUCUUGCCUGCGCGGUGCUGCUGAGCGCGCACAACCUGUUGGCCGCAGCGCUGUGCGCGUUACUCUGCGCGCUGCUUUGCGCGGCCGCGCUGCUGCCCGCGGGCGUCGCACUGGGGCUGGGCUUCCUCUGCCACUCCAAGUUUCUACAUGCCCAGGUGGCCCCGUGCAAGGCCCAUCUGCACGACGCUGGCUCCACGGCCCUGCUGGUCCUUGGCUUCACACUGCUCCUGCCACUCCUGGUGCUUGGCUUGGCCGCCUUCUGCCGGCUGGCUCGGCGGCUGCAGCUGGGCUACUGCCUGCUGCCCUACAGUCUGGCCGUCUACAGGAAUCUACCUGCCAGUCACUACCACCAGGCUGGCUGGUGCUGCUCUCGCAUGCCCACCCAGGGGGACAAGAUCUGGGUAUGAGGGGGGCCUAGAGUAAACCAGGGGGCAGCCUUCAGUCAAUGCCCCCACAGUAAACAAGGCGUGCCCCAAAAGACACUGACUCUAGGGCCCCCUUGGUGCCACCAGCUUGAA